ACUCAGCAGGAUGGGUGAUGCUCAGCGCUCCCUCAUUAGACGGCAGACACGAGAGGUCAGGAAGAAAGCGCUUAUAAAUUACCCUUUCCUCCCUCGCAGCCCGCUUAGUCGCCUGGACGCUCUCCCCGGGACACGUAGCGCGGACCCUCCGACAGCUGAGAAGCUGGACGGCUACCUGGCUAGGCACGAGCUGCUGUUGCAGGAAGAGAAAAUCCAUUCUGGAGAGGCUCUUCUUCAUUGCCUCACCCUAUGGAGGAACCAACACUGCCCAUCCACAUUGAGGAGGGGACAGCCGUUCCAACGGAAAACAAAAAUAUGGCAACAAAAGAGAAGCUGCAGUGUUUGAAAGACUUCCAUAAGGAUAUCCUGAAGCCUUCUCCUGGCAAAAGCCCUGGGACACGGCCCGAGGAUGAGGCCGAGGGAAAGCCACCACAGCGUGAGAAGUGGGCCAGCAAGAUUGACUUUCUGUUGUCCGUGGCUGGGGGAUUUAUUGGCUUAGGCAACGUAUGGCGAUUUCCGUAUCUCUGCUAUAAAAAUGGCGGAGGUGCAUUUCUCAUACCUUAUUUCAUUUUUCUUUUCGGGGGAGGUCUUCCUGUGUUUUUUCUGGAGGUGGCACUAGGCCAGUAUACCUCUGAAGGAGGAAUUACAUGCUGGGAAAAGAUCUGCCCCAUUUUCACAGGAAUAGGUUAUGCUUCCAUCGUGAUUGUGUCGCUUUUGAAUGUGUAUUACAUCGUCAUCCUGGCUUGGGGACUGUACUAUCUGUUCAACUCUUUUACGAGUGUCCUGCCCUGGUCUCACUGCAACCACAAGUGGAAUAAGGAUACUUGUGUGGACGACACACUCAGGAGGAACAAAACACUCUGGCUGUCUAUGAACAUCACCAACUUCACAUCUCCAGUCACAGAGUUUUGGGAGCACAACGUAUUGAGUUUGUCUCCAGGAAUUGAUGAUGUUGGUGUUGUCAAGUGGGACCUGGCGCUCUGUCUCCUGCUUAUCUGGGUGAUAUGUUUCUUCUGCAUUUGGAAAGGAGUCAAAUCCACUGGGAAAGUUGUGUACAUAACAGCAACGUUCCCAUUUAUCAUGCUUUUUGUUCUGUUAAUCCGUGGUGUCACCUUACCUGGAGCCUCGGAGGGCAUCAAGUUUUAUCUUUACCCUGACAUAACUCGGUUAACUGAUCCUCAGGUCUGGAUAGAUGCUGGGACACAAAUCUUCUUUUCCUAUGCAAUCUGCUUAGGUGCAAUGACUUCCCUGGGAAGCUACAACAAAUACAAAUACAACUGCUACAGGGACUGUAUGCUGCUGGGAUGCCUGAACAGUGGUACCAGUUUUGUGUCUGGCUUCGCAAUUUUUUCCGUCCUGGGCUUCAUGGCACAAGAGCAAGGGGUGGACAUUGCUGAGGUGGCAGAGUCAGGUCCAGGACUGGCCUUUAUUGCCUACCCAAAAGCUGUGAGCAUGAUGCCACUACCAACUUUUUGGGCUAUUCUUUUUUUUAUUAUGCUUCUUUUGCUUGGCCUGGAUAGCCAGUUUGUUGAAGUUGAAGGACAGAUCACAUCAUUAGUAGAUCUGUACCCAUCCUUCCUAAGGAAGGGUUACCGACGGGAAACCUUCAUCGCUAUAGUGUGCUUCCUCAGCUAUCUUCUGGGACUAACUAUGGUGACUGAAGGUGGCAUGUAUGUGUUUCAACUCUUUGACUACUAUGCAGCUAGUGGUGUAUGCCUCUUGUGGGUUGCAUUCUUUGAAUGCAUUGCUGUAGCCUGGGUUUAUGGCGCUGAUAAUUUUUACGAUGCCAUCGAAGAUAUGAUUGGUUAUAGGCCCGGUCCAUGGAUGAAAUGGAGCUGGAUGAUAACUACACCAGUUCUUUGCAUGGGAUGCUUUGUCUUUUCUCUGGCCAAGUACACACCAUUGACCUACAACAAGGUGUACAUAUAUCCUGACUGGGCAAUUGGCCUGGGCUGGGGUCUUGCCCUCUCUUCUAUGAUCUGCAUCCCUCUAGUUAUGGUCAUCCGUAUACUACGGUCGGAUGGGUCUCUUAUUGAGAGGGUGAAAGCUGUGGCUGCCCCACGUGAAGUGCACCAGUGGCCGAGGGAGUCAGAAAGCGCUGUCCCGUUCUAUCCUUCUGCAGUGGCCAACGGGGGGCUGAUCAAGCCAACUCAUAUCAUCGUGGAGACUAUGAUGUGAGCUCUCUCUAUGAGAGGAAGACACCUGCUUUAAAACUGCCGUUUACUAACCAUAGAAUCUCUCAUAGGACCAGGUUUACAGAGCUUUAUAUUUGCACUAGGUUUAUUUUUAUUUCUCACAGAGAAAGUUAUUUUUUGUGUGUUUUGGUUUUUAAUUUUUAAUAUUUUUAAAGUAAAUCACGGCAGAUGCCUCUCGCUCUCUUCAGAGGCAGAGCUUUCAUAUCAAAUUAGGCACAUGACAGGAUUGCUCAUUUUUUUUCCUCCACAUAACAUAUCUAACUCCUAUUCAUCAUUUCUGGCCAUGUAUUUUGAUUUUCUUGCCAGCAAUACACACAGGCAUAUGCACACACGCGCGCGCACACACACACACACACACAGGGAAAACUCUGCAUCUACAAAUCUCAUAUUUCUUUAGGUUGGGAACAGGGUAAAAUAUAAACUUGUUUUUGAAAAAGCAAAUCUUUCAUGGAAGGGAUUCGCUUUUUUAAAAAAAGACAGAUAACAUGCAUAUGUUAGCUUAAGAAACUGGUUUUCAAAGGUGUAGAAUUAUCUUCCUCUGGUUCAAGUGGGUAGAGUUACAACAGGCACAAGGUUCAUGCUUUUAGGCUUGCUGUGGUCCAUGUUAGACUAUAUGUGUGUGUGUACAGUUGGAAAAGUGGCAAUAUAGAGUGUAAGGUGGGAGCAGUUAGGAAUCAAGGGAACAAUCCAAAUGGCAGCCAUUUCUGAGUAUAGUGCAUGUGUGAACAGUCACUAUGAAGUUAAGAGGGAAAAUUAUUCAUGCUUUGGAGGCAUUUUUUGCCUGAUACUUCCCUCUCUGGGCCACUUUCUAGAUCAUGAGAGUCCUUUCCCAUGUCAGCCCUGUGCCUAAUAAUCUAACCAUGGAAGGGUUACAUCCGUCAUUCUCUGAAAAACACGAGUUGGAAGAUGAGUGUUUCUCUGAAAAGCAGAUGUAUAUCUUUCCAUGUUACAUUUUUAGACAUGAGAGUGACUUGACAGAUAACUUAUUGCUAGAUAAUUCCCUGUAGAAAGUGACCCACUUUUCAUAGGCUCCCUACUGUACUCAAGACAAACUGGUAUUGACUUGAUUUUUUUUAGAACAUGAGGUUGGUGUCAAAGAGCACGUGCAAAAGCUAAAUUUACAAAGAAAUGCUGCAAAAGUGCUGUGCAAUUCCAAAAGUUGCUUAAAAAACCCCAAAUUUGCCAAAAUUUGUUGUUGUCAGGAAAUACAAAGGAUUCUUGGGCACAACGACGGCACCAGCCAGGUUCCUAAUUUAACAAUGAGAAUGAUGCUGGAACCACUGCAGAGGAAACCUUUAUAGCGAGGCAGUCAGAAGAAAAGAGAUGGUAGUAGCUCUUAAAUCGUGAUCUUUAGAAGAGGAGGAAGCACAAAGAGAUGGAUUGAGCUACAGAGAUAUUUUAGUUUGGAUAAAGGUGCAAAAGUACUUGAACAAGAUUUCUAUAGGUAAAUUAAAUGUUAAGAAUGUUCCCACUUAACUUAGAGAUAAGAUUUGCUUCUAGUAAACUCACCUCAGAUUUUAACAUGGCUGGGAGUUCGGUUUUUUUAAAGUGACUUCACAUUCUGUGUUGGAUAAAGUUUCUAAUCCCUUCUAUAUGGGCAUUGGUUUGGGGAAAUAUCUCCUUCUGAGUGAGUAUUGGUAUUAUCUAUAAUAUUGGAAGUAUUAGAAUCCAGAACUAGCAGCAAAGUUGUCACAGAUAUAUAUACAUAUAAACACGUAUUGCCAGUUUAGUCUGUCAGUGACAGAUACUGUAGUGUAAACUGGAGACUAGCCAGUAUUUAAACAUUCCUAAAUGCAAUUGUAAAAAGCAGCCACAAUACAUUGGCUAUGCAUUUACUUACGUAAGUCAUUUCAGUUUUUUUUUAAAUAAAAUGGAAGGGAUAACUUCAAAAUAAGGACCAAAGCACAGUAGUUUCAACUGUCUUGUAGUAGUUUCUCUAGUUGGAGACUGUGAUUCGAUGCACAUUAAAGAGCUGCACUUUCAGUAAUAGUAGGUGAGGUCAGAGUGCUUUUGCUUUCCAGUUACCAUUCUACUGCAGUUACCAUUCUAUCUGUAAAUCAAUCACUGCCAGGGUAGCUAAGGAUCAUGCAACAUCCUCAGCAGACUCCAGCCCAGUGGAAAUGGCUAUAUAUCUUCCUGCUGAAAAGCCAGUGACUUGUGUUAACUAGGAAAAGGCAGAUGAGAAGAAAUUGCUGUUUCUCUUAAUUUCUGCUAGGGCACUGAGGAACACGCAGCUUGACACUAAAGCAAGGUUCCUAUGUAAUUCAAUGAAAUUUAGGUCAGAUGCUUCAUCUUUCAUGUGAUCUGGGAAUGGAAGUUCAAUGAGGAGUUUGUAAAAAAUCCUAAUUCUCUUGACUUGCCUGGUGUGCGUUGCAAUAGUUAACAGUAAUGAUGCACCAGGUAUACAUCUGGGUCAACCAGAGUGCUUUGAGCAGAACCCAUUGGAGAAUCUCAGCACUGCACCUGUAGAGUUCCAGCUAAGACAGAGAAGAACCCAGUUCCAUUUGGGUAAGCUGUGCCAUUAGGAUCAGUUCCUUAUAUGACGAACAUGAGAGGUUAUUUAUGCAUGCACACAGUGACCUUAGCAGAUACUCUGGCUGUGUAGGCUUGACCACAAAAGUGAACUUGGAUUCCAGGAAAGAAGCUGUAAAAUUACCAUGUAACAACCAGAUUCAGUCCCAGUUUUCUGUUCUAAGGAGCAUAUUUUCACACCACAGUUUCCAGAUAACAGAAUGUGGUAAAUCUGAAUGUCAAUAACAGAUUCUGCCAAAUUAACGAGUAAGGGGGGAGGUGGGACAGGGGAAUGUUGUAAACAACUGUUUGUAUUUUCUACUUAUUUAUGAUUGCAAAAAACAAAGAGAAAAACCUAAUUUUUUCUAAUUUACUUUGUAGAACUUUUGUGGCCUAUUUUAUCUGUCAUUUGUAACUGAGAAGUUAAAUAUUCAGUAUUGUGAUUGUUGGUGAGCUGGUUUGUAUACUGGGGGUUCAGGUGAGAGGGUGAAAUUGCCUGAAUGUUUAUUCAAAAAAAGCUUUCGUUUUCCAAAGAAGAUGAUGGGGGAGAGAGUACAUUUAAUGCUUUGUGGCUUCCAUGAUUGAUUUGGGCGAAAUCCAGAACUUGCAAAGCUCAUAACUAAUUAAAAUCAGCAGGCUAUACACUUGUGCGCAGAGUAGUUGCAAGAGGGUUGGUUUUUUGUUUUUGUUUUUUUUGGAAACACCUUCCAAAACUGUCAGCAUUCAUUUGCAGUCUGAUUGGAUGGUAUCAAUAAUAUCAUGACCCAUAGUGCAUAUUCCAGUAUUUAUACAAAUUAAAUGUGUUGAGCUUACACCUGAUGUUUACAUCUUGUCCCAAAUCUUUGCAUUUGGAUUCGGGUCUAGUCCAACCCACAAGGCAGAAUAAGAAUUGAGGUGCAAAUGUUAUGAAAUACCAACUGAAAACUUGAAUGGCUUGUUAUCAGAGUUGCAGUAGCUGCAACUCUUGUGAGGCAUGUCUGGGUGGGGCUAGAAGAGAAGGGGCUGGAGGACAGGUGGAACAUGCAGUACUUCCAGCUGAAGGAAUUGAGCACAGUAGUUAGCACAACAAAGAGCACAGCAUUGCAUAUAAACAAUGGAAACAACAGUCUGUUGCAUUCUACAAUUUGACCCGGACCAUAAUUACUUGGAAGAAAAUUGCAGUGAAUUCAGCGGUUUAUGUUUCCAAGUGAAUGCACAUGAAUCUGACCGCUUUUAACUUUAAAAAGUGAGAAAGGCAAAAUCCUAGAAAGUGUUGAGACAAAAGGACAAGGGGGAGAAUAAACCUGCAAGCAACUAAAACUGGAUAAGAGAACUUGGGUGUGGGGUAAGGAAACUAAAACUGAAAAAGCUCCCCCCCCCCCACCACCAAAAAAAAGUUGAGCAAAAGAUAUAAGGACAUCUAUUAUUAAAAGGCAGUGAUACAUAAACUUAAAUAAACCUAAAUGCAGUAAUCUCUCAGCUGCUUAUUUAUCUGCGUUCUCAAAUGUCUCAGAAACAUAAACUUUUGUCUAACAGAGUGUUUCUCUGGAUGGAAGAAUUUUUACUUGUACAGUGUGACUCUUGCCUGCCUUCCCCCCCCCCCCCCCGCCCCCAUCCCCAAAAUGCUGGCCCUUAAACUCUGGUCCAAGAAGCCACAUUUUGAGAGGCAUUCUGGGCAACUGUAGGAGGGGAGGAGGGAAGAAAGUCAUAUCCUGUGGAUGAACUCCUCCCUCCCCCAGGGAUCUCAGCCGUGACCCUGAAGAGAACCGCAGUCUGGGCCUUAAACAUACUGACUUGUGGAUCAGCCAAUGUAAAUUUCUUUUCAGUAAUUUUUUAGGACUGCAGCCUUAUUCUGAUUCGCUUUUAUUGAAUGUUCUAUUAAAAAUCUGUGGGUAGGUAGGGGGAGAACAGAGCUGGAGGGAAAUCUUGGGAGCACAAACACGGAGAUUAUGUUUAUUGGUACAGCGAGAGGUUCUAUCUAUGACAGACUGCUGAUUUUGUUCCCCAAAUGCAGAAAAGCCAGCCUGCCUAGCAACCAGUUUGGCUUGCUGUGCUCCUCUGUUAAGUGGGACCCAAUAAGUUAGUUAAAAAGCUUUGUCUGGAGAAGCAGCCCACCUGAUUGGCUUCCAAAUCAGUUGCAGAAAGGCAGUGCAGGAGCUGACAAUUCAGCACUGACUGCCAGUGUGGUCAUGUAACCUGUUUUAAGUAAAAGGGUGGCGGGGGGGGGGGGGGGGGGGGGUUAAGAGAACAAAAUGGUAGGCUGACAUUGCUCAUCAACAUUGUUUUCCCCCUCCAUCUGCCCCCAGGCAGUCAAUACAGUGCUCUGAUACCUUCGCUAUUGUAAUAGAACGUUGCUGCUGCUGUAUUAUACUGUUGCAAUGUUGAAAGGAAUGCUCCUCCGGGGGGCGGGGGGCUUCACAGUUAUAAAUAGUACAGACAGCCUCUUUAUUCAGCUGACGAUAUCGGUGAAUGUUUUUAAAUUAUUAUUUAAAAUUCACACUUGUGACUACAGUCUGUAGUAAAUAGCUGCGUGAAUUUGAGAGGACGCCAGACGGUCCUCCUUUUAAAUUUUUUUAAAGUAAUUUUUUAAAAGACAUUUUAGACCUGUUGUUGUUUGUCAUCAUAAUUGUUCCAAAUAAGGAAUAUUUGUAUAGGAUUACAAAUUUGGAGUGUGCCCUGAAAAUUAGGUUUUUUUUGUGUAUACAGUAAAUGUUUGUAUUUUGCAGUUUUAUCUGUUUUGCUUUUUAGAUAAAGAAAAUGUAUAUUGAUACUUUAAAGUCAUUUUUUUGCUUUUUUUAGAUGUUUGUAAUCAUCACAAACAAAAAAUAAAAAGAAUCCUUUCCUCUA